AUGGUCUGUGCCGGGCGACAGACGAACACCUCACUGAAGGUGACACAGUUUGUUCUUUUUCUGGCAUCCGGCUUUCCACUGGACUUUCUGUCGCUGCGGCCGAGUGCAUCAGAAGGCCCUCCCCUAUCGUUGGCAGCGAACGCACCUCGGAUCGAGGUUGUCAAGAUCGGGAAAUAUGGGCUUACACUAGGCGACGUGCGGCGCGAUGUGUACCUGAUAAAAGGGGAGCAACUUCAGGUUGUAGAUAAAAGCCGUCGAAUGGUGUUUGCACCUCGUCUCGGGAAGAAUAAUCCUUUGAAUCAGCGAGCUUUCCGUUUCAAUGGAGAGGAGUGUGAGGACGCGUCCGUCGAUUACGAGGACUUGUUUGGGAAGUACAAGAGAAAGAAAAAUCUCCGGCGCCUCUGGACCAAGAGAUAUACACCUGACGGUGUAAUCUACACCUUCAAGCCGCCUCUUCUCGCGAGUGAAAACCGUGACGCAACACCUGGUCCUGAGGAACCGGAGAUCCGUUUCUGUGUAACUUUGACAACGCCAAUGAUGAUGAUGGGGGGAGCAGACGAAAGUCGACCGGCGGGGCUGCGUUACUUUAACAACACACUCACUCUAGUCGUGUUCUGGUCGCCUUGGUGA